AACCCUAACUACACUCUCUCCCUCUUCUCUAUAACCCAAACUACAGCCGCCUUCACCAAUCUUCCUAUCAUCAUCAAGGGUUUUAGUUUCUUAAAUCAUCCAAAUCUCCGAUUCAAAUCUCAGAUUCUGGUUAUUAUCAUCGAGAUUCGCCCGAUUAGCAAUGGAAGUUCGUUACCUGGUGUCAGGGAUUUUCUUAAAGUGUGCUUUGGUUGUCCUGUAUCUGAGGGGUAUGGAAUGACCGAGAGUUCUUGUGUUAUAACGUUUAUGAAUGUCAACGAUGUCACCUCGGGUCACGUGGGCGCUCCUAAUGCUGCUUGUGAAGUAAAGCUUGUAGAUGUUCCGGAAAUGAACUGUACAUCCUAUGAUCAACCAUAUCCUCGUGGAGAGAUCUGUGUGAGAGGACCGAUUGUCUUUCAAGGCUACUACAAAGAUGAAGUGCAAACGAGAGAAGUAAUCGAUGAAGAAGUAUGGCUUCAUACCGGAGACAUAGGAUUAUGGUCACCUGGAGGCCGCUUAAAGAUCAUUGACCGGAAAAAGAACAUUUUCAAAUUGGCACAAGGAGAGUACAUAGCUCCCGAGAAAAUCGAGAGCGUAUAUGCGAAGUGCAACUUUGUGGCACAAUGCUUUGUUUAUGGUGACAGCUUCAACUCUUCUUUAGUUGCUAUUGUCUGUGUGGACCCUGAUAUGCUCAAAGCAUGGGCUGCUAAGGAAGGAAUAAAGUUUGAAAGUUUGGAACAACUGUGCAAUGACCCGCGGGCAAGAAAAGUUGUCCUUGCCGACAUGGAUGCAGUUGGAAAGGAAGCUCAGAGGUGGUAUGGGUUCGGACAAUUCCAAUUGGCAUUUUGAGUUGAAAUAUGACCGGCGGGUUGCUCUCCCAGUAGCUGGGCCAUGGCCAAUAGCCCAUUAUAAGCAUGGUGUGGUCGUCAUAGAUGAAAAGCUAUACACUGUUGGUGGAUGUCGUGAUGGGAGGCAGUUAGCUGAUGUUUAGG